AUGGCCAAAGGCGCUGAGGCACAUUUACCACGAGAACGUCCCAGGCGAUUCCAACUUUUUCAAAAUCAUAGCACGGAGCAAACGACAUCCCCUGAAAUUUUUAUCAAAGGGCUUUAUGCUCAACGACACACAAUAGAGGAAUUGGUCUACAAUAACGCGGAGGAUUGUUGUGGUAAUAAUGAGACGACGUUCGGCGCGGUUCUGAGAGAAUUCGUUCAUUUGAAACGCCUAGCGGUGACGAGAGACUCUCUUGUGGAAGAUGGGGAAGAUGAAGAGCCGCAGCCGUUGUAUGAAACGUUACCAUCAAAUUUAGAAGAAGCAUGGAUCCUAUUAGACAGGGGAGACAUCUAUGACGAUAGACAGCAGUCGUUCUUAAAGCAAGGUCUACGAGGACUUGCAAUGAACAAAGAACAGUAUUGUCCAUCCUUGAAUAAUCUAAUAUGGAAAUGGGAUGCUCAAUAUGGUGUUUAUCCGAGUGGGUAUCGAGCAGAGGCCGGUAGAAUUUUAGACGCACUCAACCUAGUCUCCACAUUUCAGGAAGUAGGGAUUCGAUUCGACUUUACGUUCGGCAACCCAACUAAGUUUGGAGCUUCGAAUAUAAUGGAUUAG